CAAGGUGGCAAUAAUAAACAAAACCAAGAAUCAACAACUCGCAGUCAAAGAAUUCAAAUACCCGCACCGUAAUCAUCGUGCGUUACGUGCGGGCUUCUUCCCGUUUCACGUCAAGAGCUUCGUACGUCUACGACGCAUAUCAAGAACGUUGCUGCUUCUUUUUGUUGGCUAUCCGAUUGCGAUCGAUCUGAAGGCAAUGGCAAACUCGUCGCAGCCACCGGCGAUCGCGCCUACGCUGGCCCUCGCUGCCGUCUCGCCCUCCUUCCGCCUCCAGUCCCCGAGCUUGAACUCCAUCCGCCUCCGCCGCGUCUUCGAUCUCUUCGACCGCAACGGCGAUGGCGAAAUAACCGUCGCCGAGCUCCGCCUCGCGCUCGAGCGCCUGGGCCUGGCCGUCGAUCACGAAGAGCUCGCCUCGACCGUGGCCGCCUACGUCCGCCCCGGCCGCGCCGGCCUUGACUUCGAGGACUUCGAGGCCUUCCACCGCGCGGUGGGGGACGCCCUCGUCGGCGGCGACGGCGGCAUCGAGGAGGCGGAGCAGGUGGAGAGCGACAUGAGGGAGGCAUUCGGCGUGUUCGACCAGAACGGGGACGGUUUCAUAUCAGCGGCGGAGCUGCAGGCGGUGCUCCAGAAGCUAGGGCUGUUUGAGGGGCGCAGCAUCGACGGCGUGCACCGCAUGAUCUCGGCCGUCGAUCGCGACUUCGAUGGACGGGUGAACUUCUCCGAGUUUAAGAACAUGAUGCGCAGCAUUGAGCUAUCCGCAUCUUAAUAAUUACAGACAUUCGGUCUUUCUUUUUCUUCUGAUACACCGCAACUUGUUCAUUUAUUCAUCU